GGACGGAAACAGGCGUGAGUAUUUACGGGGCGGUGGUCGCUACCUGCUCGGUGAUGAUGCCGCGUGUGUGCGGCGGAGGCUGCCUGGUCUCGGCGUGCCUUCUCUCGGCGUGCGACGCCCUACGGAGCUGCGGGGAGGUGCAGUGCGGCUCCGGCCAGCAGUGCUGCCCGCCGCUGGUGUCGGGGAACGGCAGCAUCAGCGCGGCCGCGGUCCGCUGCUGCAAGCUCCCCAUCCACGUCUUCUUCGACAACGUGGGCUGGUUCACCAGGAAGUUGUCCGGCAUCCUCAUCCUGCUGCUGCUCUUCGCCAUGGGCUACUUCAUCCAGCGCGUCGUCUGCCCGCGGCCGCGCCGGCACCGGCAGCAGCAUCAGGACCGCGGCGAGGAUCCGGGCUCCCUCUUCGGCGGGCGGACCUCCGCGUCGCAGGACUCCCUGCUGGAGCGGCGCUACCCGGAGUGCACCCCGGUGGACGUGGACGUGGCCUCGCCCAGCCUGCCCGCCUACGACGAGGUGAAGUACCUGCCCACGUACGAGGAGAGCAUGCGGGAGAUGCACCGGGACCGCUCCGAUGACAACUUGCUGGCCGAACAUGAGGGGGGCAGCGCGGGCAGGGGGAGGGCUGAGCCGCCGGUGGUCGGAGACCAAAGACUGGACGUCGUAGAAAGGACGUCCAGGAACUGAUGUUUAGCACACAGAGACAAUUAUCUUCUUUUUGGGCCAUUUCAACAAUCAGGGGGAUUCUCUUCAUGCUCUCAAGUGCAAUUUGAUGAGUGAAUGUUGACGGGCGGCUGACCACGUGACAAUCCAAAUAAUAGCAUGUUUGUGUUGGGGUCAGCAAAUUUUGUAUUAUUAUGGGGACGGCGUGAUGGGAGUGGGCUCCCGUGCCAGCAACCUGAGGGCAGGGGCGCCGCUAGGGAUUUUGGGCCCCAUGAAAAUAAUCUUUACAGGUCCCCCUGUAUUAUAAUUUCAUCAUCAUUAGGGGCCUCUCUGGGCCCCCCUCCAUCAUGGGCCCCUAGAAUCUGUCUCCUUUACCCCCCCUUUUCGGCGCCCCUGCCUGAGGGUUCCUGGUUCGAUCCCCACCUUCUACCAACCUCGUCACGUCUGUUGGGUCCUCGGGCAAGACACUUCACCCUUGCUCCUGAUCGUGCUUAGGGCCUUGCAUGGCAACUCCCGCCCUCAGUGUGUGAAUGUGUGUGUGAAUGGGUGAAUGUGGAAAUAGUGUCAAAGCGCUUUGAGUACCUUGAAGGUAGAAAAGCGCUAUACAAGUAUAACCCAUUUAUCAUUUAUUUACCAUUUUUCAACAAGUGGGACCAGAAAGUCCUUCACAAUUCCUAAACAAGUCGUUUUCGGGUGUAAUGGACUCUUCCCCGCCUCCUAGUCCAUAUGUGAGGGCUGUUCAUCCGCGCAGGACCAAAUGUACUCAAUAAAUCAGUCACUUUCAAGGCUAUUUUGCAUCAAACUUGGUCAUCA